CGCCGACUAGGCCAGGCGGCGGCGGGGUGGAAGGCGCCUAACGAGGGAGAAGGAGAAGAAGACAGCGGAGCCGAGGAACCCUUGCUCCCCAAAGCGAGAGGGAGCGGAGGAUUUCUCAACAUGACGCAGUUCCUACCCCCAAAUUUGUUGGCGCUAUUUGCACCCCGUGAUCCUAUUCCUUACCUGCCUCCUUUGGAAAAACUACCCCAUGAGAAGCACCACAAUCAACCCUACAGUGGCAUUGCUCCCUACAUCCGAGAAUUUGAGGACCCUCGUGAUGCUCCUCCACCUACUCGUGCAGAGACCCGAGAAGAACGAAUGGAACGAAAGAGGCGAGAGAAGAUUGAGCGUCGGCAGCAAGAAGUUGAGAGUGAGCUGAAGAUGUGGGACCCUCACAAUGAUCCCAAUGCUCAAGGAGAUGCCUUCAAAACACUUUUUGUGGCCAGAGUUAACUAUGACACAACAGAAUCCAAGCUGAGGAGGGAGUUUGAAGUCUAUGGGCCUAUCAAAAGAAUUUACAUGGUGUACAAUAAACACUCCGGAAAGCCACGUGGCUACGCCUUCAUUGAAUAUGAACAUGAGCGUGACAUGCACUCGGCAUACAAGCAUGCAGAUGGGAAAAAAAUUGAUGGCAGGCGAGUACUGGUUGAUGUAGAGAGAGGCCGGACGGUGAAGGGAUGGCGCCCACGCAGACUUGGUGGUGGUCUCGGUGGUACCCGGCGGGGUGGGGCUGAUGUCAAUAUUAGACACUCAGGCCGGGAUGAUACUUCCCGUUAUGAUGAACGGGAUCGGGACCGUGAACGGGAACGUGAUCGCCGAGACCGCAGCCGAGACAGGGACAAGGAACGGGAACGCCGUCGUAGCCGAUCCCGAGAACGCCGGCGGCGGACACGAAGCCGAGAGAAAGAUGAACGGAAGCGCAGCCGAGAACGCAGCAAGGAUAAAGACCGGGAGCGCAAGCGCCGUAGCCGUUCCAGGGACCGCAAGCGGGAUCGGGACCGUGACAGAGACAAGAAAGAGGAGCUGCCAGAAGUGGCUGAGGCUCAGCCUGAUGAAGCUACCCUUGGCGAAAUGGGCAUAGAUGGGUUGGAGGUGAAGCCUGAAGGGGAAGAGAAGGGCAGAGAGAGGGACAGAGAGAGGGACAGGGAUAGAGAGAGGGAUCGGCGGCGCAGUCAUCGUGACAAAGACAGAGACAGGGAUCGUGACAGAGAGCGUCGGCGUGACAGGGACAGAGAUAGGGACCGGGACCGGGAGCACAAGCGUGACAGGGGUGAGCGGGGUGGAGAGAAACGGGAGGAGAGGGGGCAGGACAAUGGCAUGGGGGAGGCUCUGGAAGAGACCAGCCAGGAUAUGUUCCUGGACCAAGAAUCCAUGCAGUCUGCUGAUGGCUAUUUGUCCACUGAGAAUGGAUACAUGAUGGAACCCCCUAUGGAAUGAUGAAUGAAGAUGCUUCCUUGCCCCACACAGCCCAGCAUGGUGAGGUCCUUCCUCCCAAGCUGCCUAGCCAACAAGGCCCCAUCAACCAGUUAAGAUAACUGAUUUUUAAUUGGCUUUGUUUAGAAGGGUAAGUCUGUUUCAGUUCUGCGUGUCCAACCCCAUCUCUUCUUAACAUGUAACCUUCACGAGUCCCUUGUGUAUUUGGAUAUUUUUUUUUUUCUUUAAACAAGAAUAAAGUGUUGUUAAUGUUUUCCCCUU